AAUGAGCGGAACUUGUCAGUGAUGGAAAGUCGGUAACAGAAGUGAGGAGUGUCCCGUGAUCAAUUAGAGGAGAACUUUCACCGGUGAGCAGCCGCGCACAGCACAAGAGUUGUGCAUUGUACUUGUUUGGAAGAUUAACGAUGGAGUGGCGCCAACAGACCAGUGUCAGCUGUGCAGACGCGUUCACCGAGGCGCAACGCUGGAUUGAGGAAGUGACUGGAAAAUCGUUUGGUUGCAAGGAUUUCCGUGCUGCCUUAGAGAAUGGAGUCCUGCUGUGCGACUUGAUCAAUCAGUUGAAACCUGGCAUCAUUAAGAGAGUAAACAGGCUUUCUACUCCCAUUGCUGGCCUGGAUAAUGUGAAUGUAUUCCUGAAAGCCUGUGGCAAACUGGGACUGAAUGUGUCUCAGCUGUUUCAUCCAGGAGACCUGCAGGACCUGUCCACUCGUGCAACCGUCAGGCGAGAUGAAAGCAACAGAAGACUCAAAAAUGUUCUCAUCACAAUCUACUGGUUGGGUCGCAAGGCUCACCUUGACGCAUUCUACAGUGGUCCUCAGCUGAACUUCAAGGCCUUUGAAGGGCUGCUAGGGUUGGCGUUGUCCAAGGCUCUAGAUGAGGGCAGUAAUGUGAAAGAAUGCUCUGACCCAGAGAGGGAGGAAUGUCGGCGCAUCAGACCAAGCUAUAAGAUGGCAAACUCUGCUGACAGCAUCGACUUUCUGUAUUCCCGAGGGGUCCUCCCAAACAAUGAAAGUUGUGGAAGUGACGCGGAAGCUGAGCAGGUGUUCAAGAUGGAGCCCACACAGCCUUCAACCCAACAAAACAAGGCUUAUAUCCCACCACCAAUCCUAAGGGGAAAACAAGGAUUGAAAGGGAAUGAAAGGGACUGCGCUAGUUCACUUGCCAGAGCAUAUCAAAUGCAGGUCAGACCUGAGAGACCAGUUCAGGUCAACCCUGGCUGGAUUUGGAGCAAAUCACUCAGUGAUAUCCCGAUGGUAUACCCUGUGCGUAAAGUUCCUGAUGUGAACACCAUCUACGAUGUGGACCAGGAAAACCAACAGAGGUGUAGUGUUGCUGCCAAGGACAGUGAAGCUCAGUGGCACGAUGACUUGUCGAAGUGGAAGAAUCGUCGCAGGAGCAGCAAGUCUGACCUCCGCAGGAAGUCGCAGGAACGAGAACAUGUCAUUAACCAGAUGGCCAAUGGAGCAAUGGCUAAAUUUGAGAAGAACGAAGUGAACGAAGGUGGACUGCUAAAGAGAGACCAGCAGUCACCACGCAGGCAUUACCCUGCCCCUCGUCCUUACUCCACUUCUCCUUCAGCAAAAUCAUUGAACUCUGAUCUCCGGCCACGUACUCGGGCUCUGCUGGCCCGUAGCUACGCCACAGAGGCAUCUUUCAGUCCAAUGGCUCCACUUAGCCUCCACAACUCAGCCCACACUCAAGGAUCAUCAGUUGGAGCCAUGUCCGCCUCUGAUGGGAUUGUCCUGGCAGAUGAGACCUACUUUGCCUCCUUGGCUUCAGAUGGAACAGGAGUUACCACCCCUUCUCUGGACUGCCCUUUCAGCUCCCAGACCCAAGGCAAAGAGCAGGGCAGCCCAGCUCAUUUCCAGCCCAGGGAUCCUACUAAAGCCAUGUUGAGUCAAAAGGAACUUCCGUUCUGCCAUGAUCCACAAGUUCCCACUUUCUGCCCUGGUGCUGUUAAUCAGGCAGGAGCUAAUGCUCUGGAGGACUUGCACCACCAGAACUACAAGUCCCAGGAAGAGAGCCAGAAGACAUCUUGGAAACCAGCUGUGGAGCAAGGAGGUGACCAGCAGGCUGCAGAAGUCCACAAGUACUUGUUCAGAACUGCGUCGUGGUCCGGCUCAGCCAGCCUUCCUCGGGGUUACCGGAGGUCCGAGGGCUCGUCUCGUCUCUCUUCUGCAAUCACAGCCAGGCCCUUUGGGACCAAGCAGUCCAGGGUGUCCUCGCUGCCGAGACUGUGCAACGUAGACAACUAUGGCCUGCUGAAAAGUGAGGAAUUGCUUUCUCCAGCUAUCAAAUCUUCUCUCAAAAGACCUACUGUAACCGCCCAUCAGAAGGGUCAGCAGAAGAAAGCCAACCAGGCAAAACAGAAUGCUACAGAACAGGGGGAGAAGGUGCAAGGUGUCACCGUCUCCGGACCGACUUCCUUCCAGACCAAUGGCUACCACCAUCAGCCCUACACCCAAACCCAGCUAUUACCGCAGCCUUAUUCAAACCUGCAGACCCAUCGCAACAAAAGUUUGACUGCCCCAUCUGAUGCAAGCAUUGACCUCCCAAAGGUGGAUCACAGUGACAUGAGAGUGAGCCUUGCUCUUAAACCCAACAGUAGAACAGACUUUGGUUUCCAGACUCAUUGGGACUCCACAGGGGCACGAGUGAAAUUCAUUGAACCUGGCAGUCCAGCGGAGCUUUGCCAGCUGUGUGUGGGCGAUGAGAUUGUGACUGUUAAUGGAGUUGCUGUGGCACACAUGAACUACAACCAGUGGAAGGAUAAAAUGACAUCUUCCCUUCAAACCGGCAGUCUGACCAUGGACAUGCGGCGCUAUGGCAACAAGGAUUGGAGCACCAGUGAGGGGAGUCAUCCUAACCAGUCAGGCCAGAGCAGGGUUACUCUCAAUCUAACUGCCGCAGCGCCGUUCCUGAUGGGUUGCCCUGAUCACCAUGCCAACAGUGGUGCCUGCACAGAACCUGCAGACAGGAACCUCAAUGGGCAGACAGACGAUGUUUUACAAGGUAAAGUCAUGCAUGGAGAGCUUUCUGAAAACCAUAAGACAGCCAGAAAUAAAGAUCAUAGUAACAUUAGUAUGAAAAAUCAGAAAAGGAGGGCUGAAUUUUUCAAACCGAAAGGAGGUUCAGAAUCUGCCAUAUCUGAUCUCCAGGUGCCAUCCCUCAGCCCCUCCUCAUCCAGCUGGUCGUGGGACCGCGAGGAGGAUCGAAGGCGUCAGGAGAAGUGGCAGGAAGAGCAAGAGCGCCUCCUACAGAAGCAAUACCAGCGGGAUCAGGAGAGGCUUGAGUCAGAGUGGCAGAGAGCACAACAGGAUGCAAAGGGGGAGUUAUGCAGGAAUCCAGGGGCAAAACAGAACACAUUUGAGAUGACCAAUGGUGUCGAGAGCCCUGCCAACACCCAGCUCCGUGUGAAUGGACUGAAAAACAAAACCAGAGAAGAGCAGAGCCCUGACCAAGAUAAGCUGAAAGUAGCAGGUCUAAACCCUCAAAGUAAUGCAUCAGGACAGCAGCAUGACCAGAUUUCAGGACAAAUCUGGGCUGAGGACUCCUUUGGCUUUGCUCAGCUGUCUCCUGCACACAGGGCCAAGUCCUUGUCUACCCCAGCAUUAGCUGGCACCACAAGAGGUGAUGAAAGGAAAGGAAAAGGACACUCUGUGUGCAAGGCUGAGAAAGACAGGCAGCAGAUUUUGGAGGAGAUGAAGAAAAGGACUCAGCUUCUGACAGACAACAGCUGGAUACGUCAGCGCAGCAACAGCUUUUACAAGGAGCCAAUCUAUGUUGGGGUACCUAUGAAGAGGUUUGAUUCUCUGGACGAUCUGGAUACUUUGCGUCGAACCCCACUUUCAACCAGUACAUUCAGUUACCCUCGCCCACACUCCGCUGCUGAAGGUUACUGUGCUCCGAGUAGGAACUCCUCCUCCCGCUACAGCACUGGAUCAUUGCUAUCCCAGAGACCUACAUUCGAUUCCUCUCAUCAUGGCAGUCCCAGGAUGGUCUGUGGCAGGAGGACUUGCUGUGUGUGUGAGCGUGUCCUGGGUAGUGGGGCAGCCAUGGUCAUAGAGGCCCUUGGUCUCUGCUUCCACCUCGCCUGUUUCCAGUGUGUGGGCUGCCACCGACAUCUUGGAGGAACUGAGACUGGAGUCCAGGUUCGAAUCCGAAACAGGAAGCCCUACUGUGAGCCCUGCUAUUUCCAACUCAAGUCGGGUGCCCCCUCCAUGUGACCAGCAUGCCGUACUUGAGAUCACAGAGUAAGCAGCCGAAACACGGAACUCGUGUUGGAUGAAACUACAAGAACCCAGUGGAAACAUCGUCCACACGGCCAAGCCACGACUUUGGUCUCCUACAGUAAUUGCAGAUAAAAAUGUAAAGUCUGAUUUAAAAUCUGUGGCUCUACACACAAAGCAGACGCUUAAUGGCUGUUUUUUUUUUUUUAAAUCAAAUAGUUAAUGACAGUUUGUCAGCUCUUAUUUUCUGCUAAUUUGUUUCUAAGAAAGUGUAGAUUUAAUAUAUAAAAUAAAGUAAUUAUGGGAAUUCUUUGAUUAAUGCUUUUAUUUGAAUGUUAGUGUUGCUAUUUGUCAUAUCCUCAUUUGAUUUUUUUCAAUAGUGCAUUAAAGCUAUCAAAUAUUUCUUGUUGAUGUAGCCUAUUUAAGGGGGAACAUUUUAACUUUUACUGAUGCACUCUGUUCUAUUGAAAUAUCACCAAGUGCACUUUGAGAUAAAUUAGCAGUUUAUAUAGCAGGUAAAAAUGAGAAUCACAGCUGAAAUGUUUUUUUGUAAAUAAAGGGCACUGAACAUAAUCUAUAAGCUGUUUUUAUUUGGUGUCCCUUUGUGUACCACAUGGUGGCAACAUUGGUCUCAUAGUAAAACCUAAAACAUGAGUGCAAAACUGUGGGUUGAAAAAUGUCCUUUGAAUAUGCCCAAAUGGUCUGCAGUUUACAAUAUGACUUCUAUUUUGAUGAAUGAUGAUCGUUACAUUUGACACUGACACUACAGUAGCUACAGGUACUUGCCAGCAUGUACUAACGUGACUUUAGCUGACAACAUUGGCCUCUUGUAAUCCCGAGAAUUGGCAACAGCUACAAAAACGCAGCACAUUUUACAUGGAGGUGUUUUAUGCUGUCAAAAGAAACUUGACAAAGUUAUUUAUGUCAACAAAUUGUGUGCCUGCCUUGAUUUUUGUGAGAGCUAAACCUUUUUAUUUCUAUCUUUUGUGUAACGUAUUAACAAUAUUAUUUUCUUGUUUGUACUUUUUCAGUAAGGUAUAUGGGUGAGGAACAGCAAGUAUAUCAGUUUCUUGUGUUUAUCGGUUUUCUUUUUUCUGUGCCACCAAACCACAGCACCAAUAAAAGGCUUGUUUCAAAUAC